AACAUCAUGAUUCAAUCAUGGAAGCAAAUCCACCGUCUUAUGGUCAAGCCACUACAGUGAAUGCCUGGGAUCUCAUUGCCGACUAUAUCUCCUCCUCAGACCUUUGCUCUGCCGCACUGGUAUGCCAACAAUGGCAUGCGACAUUCGCUCCUUACUUAUGGGGCAAUCCUGCCUCUCAUUUCGGAGACGAGAAUGACAGAGUUUAUGCCCAUGCUGAGAUCUAUAACGGACCACAUGCAGACUGGCUGAGAGAGGUCCUCGAAGGUCUGCCGAACCUGCAGUCAUUAAUUGUCCGCGGCUUGCCGUUCUUCGACCAUGCAUCCCUGAAUGCGCUGAGGUACACGCGAGUCUCUGAUAACAGAAACCAGCUAGUUCCCGCUCGGACGCCCUUCGGCUUGCGAUUGCUAGAUGCGUCGAGAUGUAGCAACGUGACUGCGACAGGUCUACAGCAAGCUCUGAGACGAUUUGAUUCGUUGUUAUACCUCGAUCUCUCCUGGACUUACCCGGCUAAAAGUCCCGAAGUACUUCGAGGGCUUAAUCAAUUCCGUGGUCUGCAGGUUUUGAAGCUACGAGGUAUAUCGCUGAGAGACGACGAUGUGCUCAUAUUGGCGAAUGCGAUCAAAACUCGAGUCCGAAGCCUGGACCUUCGGAACAACCAACUUACAGAUCGAAGUGUGCGCACUUUGCUUCAGCAUUGCUUCACGCCACCCCCACGAAGGAACAAUGAUGGUCAAGUCAUGUCACCAUCAUUACUGCCAUACCUUGGUGCCGAGAUGCUCGCUAUUGUGCGGGGGCUCAACUUCGAGGCCUUCCUGAGAAAUGAAUUCACAGACAAGUUCGUCGGCCGCUUGGCUAUUGAAGACGCCCCAGAGAGUGGUAUCACCCAUCUCUAUCUUUCAGACAACCAACUUACUGUCGAGGGCCUCUCGGGACUGUUAAGAGCUGAAAGACUGCAUGUGCUUGACGCUGGGAGUCUUUUGCCUGCGGUGGCCUCACAAGAUGGUUCGUUCAGCAUGAACUUUCCCAGUCUAGCGAAGCUAGUUCCUGUUUUGGCCGAGUCGGCAAGUCAUAGCCUAACAUAUCUGCGGAUUGAUCAUAGUCUAGUGACGGAAGAGCCACCCUUGUUUCAGACGAAUGCCAACGAGUCGACGUCUCAGUUCUGCGAGCUUGCUGAUACUUCCAAUUACCCAUGUGGAGUUGCUGAGCUGGGCCACGAUACAGAGGUCUAUGAAAUGUUGGGCGACACUUCUUUCCCAACCGAAGUGUCUGGCGAUGCUGUUUCCAUCGUGGUGACACCCACAGGAUUCGAGAAGCCCAAUACGAGAACACAUCAAGCACGGAGGAGAAGCCAAGAUCUUCCUAUACCCGUUCAGGCAGAAGAGACGAAUGAAUCUGGCUUGCACGUAACAGUGCUCGAGCAAGAGAGCGAAGGUUCAAUCUCCAACGAGACAUUAACCCCCAGCCCCAUUCUUCCAUCUCGGGGUCUUGGUCGUAGUUACUCCUCGGUCGUCAAAGAGCGCAAAGAUCGGUUACAGGCACACUUGACUCAGGCCAAGGGCUUCCAUCCCGGUAGUUUGCCUCAUCUAACCACCUUGGUCCUGACUGAAGUCCCACCAUCAUCACCGACACUGGAGACACCAAAUAGACUCGUCUCACUCAUACAUGCCUGCGCCGAAGAAACAGCCCUGGCAAAACUUCAAGCACAACUAGACUGGACCCUACCACCCGGUCGAAGAACAAGCCACUCACACCAANAAGAGAUCAUGCGCAAAUCUUUCGCGCUUGAGCAAAUCAUUCUCGAAGUAGCGCCAUGCAGUCUAGACCAGAAGAAGAGCGAAGCUGCCAGUGCGUGGAGACACCGGGGCACCAAAUCCGUUACCCAGGAUCAAGACAGUGAAGCUUUGUGGGCAGCUUCUCAAACCGAUUUCUCUUUCUUCGGCGAGGGUGAAACGAAUAGUCUGGACACUUCUCUCGAACCCGUGAGACCACUGACAAUCAUGUCUGGCAUGGAAGUUUCUGUGGGUCGUCCAAAGCCCUCUUCUCACCGUCCUCAAAACCAACCCAGCAAAGACCAAUCCAAACCUGAGAUCGAUGUAAUAGCAGAACUCUCAAAAUUCCGCAAAGCAACCAAGUCAGAAUACCAAAAACGACUGACGGCAGGAGAGGAAGAGCCAGCUGUCGAAGGGUUCUGGGAUGGAAAUAUCAAGGUGGUGAGGAAAGCAAAAGACGUGGAUCCUAGAUUCGAGGACGAUGAGGUGUGGGCUGAUUACUAUGGUAAUCGGUUCUCGAAUGGCUAUUUGUAUCGA